CAGCAUGGCAGGCCAGGUACCUAAAUACCUAGGUAAGCAAAGAGGUUAUCAGAGCCCUUUGUAAAGUUGAAGUCUUUCAGGGAUUCCCAUCUUAUAAGAGUGAAACAAGUGAAUUUUUGGGUAUCGCAAUCACUCGUUACUAUCAUCUGUACACAAUGUUCAAGCGUCGCACGACUUACCUAUCCCGCACUGGACAUGCAUGUGGCCGACCAGAUAUGCAGGCUGUUUGUGUUUACCUCCCCCAAAUGCCGUGUAUGUAAAUCUAGGUACCCUAGGUAGGUAUCUGCGAUACUGGAACCCAGCAGCCUCGUUCCCUGAACAUCUCCUAUUCCGCAUGUACACACCUAACGCAAAAUAGCUUCACAGCCAAACCUCCUCAGAUACCUAUCUAUCGUAACUAUCAUACUUCCUUUCAUUUAACUACCUAGUGCUAUUUGUCAGGCAGUUUUCGCCGUCUACCCCCCAAUACACAAUGAGCGGUUCCAGCUCGUUUACAGACGGCGCGACAACCACCCGGGACAGCUUCAGCAACCCGGCCAACCGCGUGACGCUGCAAGUCGGCGAGCGCCGGUUCACCACGCUGCGCGACACGCUCAUUGCCGAGAGCACGUACUUCGCGGCGCGGCUGUCGGCUCAGUGGGGCGACGCGGACGCUGACGCGGACGCGGACGGGUCAUACUUCGUGGACGCGGACCCGGCGCUGUUCGAGCACGUGCUAGCCUACCUGCGGAGCGCGGCGCUGCCGAUGUUCUUCGACAGCGCGAGCCUGACCUUCGACCAGGCGCGGUACGCGGCGCUGCUGGGCGCGGCGCGGUACUUCGGGGUGCGCAGGCUGGCGGAGUGGAUCGAGGGGAGGAAGUACGUGGACGCGGUGGCGGUCACGAGGACGGUGGUCGUCGACGACGACGUCAGCAGCGCGUCCAUGCACGCCCACAUGAGCGGGGCGCCGGCGGGCAGCAAGGUAGACCUCGCGGCCACGUGGGGCACGAAGAAGGUGUAUGUCUGCCCUCACGACAUCGCUUCUCACCACGGAAACUCCUUGGUAUGCGGCUGUGGAUGGGCGAAGAGGAGGGAGGAAGGUGAUGAGUUCAAAGAUGAAUUAGUCUUAAGGGCCGUUGUUACUAUUACCACGGCAACAAUCAAUCCUGACCGUUGUCUUGGCCGCGGGAUGGCUUGGGGGAGGAUGGCUUGGGGGAGGAUGGAUUAGGGCAAGAUGGAUGGGGUUAUAUGGUAUAUGUUGUGUCGUAUGGAAUUCUAUUGUUAACGCUGCAUAUGAGGUCGUUAUGAUUUAGGGAGCUAUGAAUUAUGAAUAUUCCGACAACGUCCAAAUAUCAUAUGCUUCCAGCUCUAUUCCCUCCCUUUCUCUUAGGCGUGGCGAAGAGAAAUAAG